UGUCAAAAAGCUUUAUCUUUCUCAAACGCCAGUUCGCGAGUUGCAUUUUAUGUUUGUUGGUAUCUAGUAAAAUGUUAGCUAGUUCUGAUUUUGAAUGUUUUCAAAUGGAAUUAGUGUAUAUGCUGGAUAAGUCCAAUCCGAAUUUACUAAAUUAAAGUCUACCCAAGUUAAUAAAAUAUAUUCCAUUGAUUAUAAAGCUUUGGAAUUUAGAAAAUACCCCACAUCAAACAGAUUAAUCAGAUUUUAAGUAUCUCAUUUCAAUCACCGACAUUCAUAGGAAACGACACCGUUUUGGUUUUCAUUCAAAAAAUUACUAAUUUACCCAAUUAAAUUCUUGGGUUGAGAUCCAUGUUCAGUCUCUCAGUAACAUCAAGAAUCCAAGAAUCUACUGAAAGAACUUGGAACUGCGUUUUACAACUUUUCCAGUUAAUUUGGGAUACAGUUUAUAACAUCAGCCAUCCAAUAAUGCCUAAAACCAGAAAAAGACACCAUUCCCAUUCUAAAAGUAGAUCUAGGUCAAAUUCAACAAAUAGAAACCACGGAAAACGAAGAAGAAACGAUUCUCAUGAUAAGGACAAGAAAAAGUUAGAGUCAACAACAUAUGAAAGUCCUCCAUAUAAAAGAUCUGUAAGUAGCCAGAGAGCACAUAGAUCUCGCCAAUAUGAAAGGGGGUCAAGUGCAGAUAGAAGAUAUAAACGUAGCCAUAAAAGAUCUCCUACGUCAAAAAAGAAUAGGCGCUAUCAUGAAGGAACUUCCUCUAAAAAGAAACAUGCAAGCAGGAAGAAAACUCCUCAUACUGCUGAUGAUCAAAAAUCUAACCGUAUCCUUACUGCUCAGGAUGAUGAUGAAGGCCAUCUUGUUUAUAAUCCAGGAGAUGUUCUGCAGGACAGAUAUAAAAUCUUAGGAACUCUUGGUGAAGGUACGUUUGGAAAAGUAGUAAAAGUUCGAGAUUUAGAAAUGGAUCAUAUUAUGGCACUAAAAAUAAUAAAAAAUGUAGAAAAAUACAGGGAAGCUGCCAAAUUGGAAAUCAAUGUUCUUGAAAAACUAGCUGAUAAAGAUCCCGAUUGUAUACACCUAUGUGUGAAAAUGUUAGACUGGUUUGACUAUCAUGGGCACAUGUGUAUUGCAUUUGAAAUGUUGGGUUUAAGUGUUUUUGAUUUUCUAAAAGAAAAUAGUUACCAACCAUAUCCUCUUGACCAAGUAAGACACAUUAGCUACCAACUAUGCUAUUCUGUUAAAUUUUUACAUGAUAACAAAUUAACACACACUGAUUUGAAACCGGAAAACAUAUUAUUUGUUGACUCUGAAUAUGAAGUAUUAUUUCACAAUAAAAAGAAAAAAGAUGUAAGGAAAGUAAAAAGGACUGAUGUUAGACUGAUUGAUUUUGGCAGUGCUACCUUUGACCAUGAACAUCACAGUACAAUUGUAUCAACUCGCCACUACAGAGCCCCUGAAGUCAUUCUAGAAUUAGGCUGGAACCAGUCUUGUGAUGUUUGGUCUAUAGGUUGUAUUUUAUUUGAAUUGUACCUGGGAAUAACACUAUUCCAAACACAUGAUAAUAGAGAACAUCUGGCAAUGAUGCAAAGGAUUCUAGGUGAGAUACCUGUGAGAAUGGCCCGAAAAACCAAAACAAAGUACUUUUACAGAGGAAAAUUGGAGUGGGAUGAAAAAAGUUCAGCUGGAAGAUAUGUACGGGACAACUGCAAACCUUUGAUAAAAUACAGGCAACUGGAUGAUGAAGACCAUAAUGCAUUAUUUGAUUUGAUCACACAAAUGCUCAAAUAUGAACCAUUGGAAAGAAUUACCCUGAAGGAUGCUUUGACCCAUCCAUUUUUCAACAAAAUUCAACCUCAUCAACAUCUCUCAGAUAUUUCAGAAGUUACAACAAAAACGGUCCAGAAGUUACCUAGAUGAAAUUUGAUGUGACCCCUUUCAUUUUUAGUUAAUAUAUUUUUUGUCAUUCUGGAAUUUGCGGUUUUAAUAGAUUUAAAAAUAAUAUUCAUAAUUUUUUUGGCAUUUAUUUCAUCAUCACUAUGAGGUUGUCAUUUUUGUUAUGCAAACUAUUUUAUCUGUGAUAACUCUUUCGGAAUGAUUCAACUUAUAAUAAGUAUAUUUUAAUUCUGACUAUGUGAAUCAUCGUUUUGUUUUAAUGGGUUAUUGGACCAUUGAAUUGAAUUAAAAUUUUUGUGAUGUGUUUCAUGUUAGCUACAAUUUUUUUAAUAAAGUGAAUAUUGUAUCUGAUGAUAUUCAUUCCUAGUAAUUACACCCUUUGUCAAGAGGAUAUUUUAAAAAUAUUCAAUUCUUGAUUUGUAUUCAAAAACAAUAACUUCUUUAAAUUUUAGAAAUAAAAUUGCAUAAUUUUAUUUCUCAGAUUUAACGUUUAAUUGAAUAUGCUGUUGAAUAAAAUUAAGCAACAAUGGCAUAUUGUUGUUAAUUUUGUCUAGGGGUCUACUUUGAAUACUUAUUUAAAUCAAAAUUUGGUUUUCACUUUCCUCUAGAUACUUUUGUACAUAUUGCUUAAAAUUAGAGAUAAACUACAUAAAUUGCCUAUGUAAAUUAAUUUCAAAAUCUUAUGUUUUAAAUAUAUUAACUUGUAAAAACCAUUUUAAACACUGUAUUAUAUAUAAUCCAAAUUUCAAUAAUUUAUUUAAACAAUGUAUGUAAAAUAUAUUCGAAAUUUAUCACUUGAAAAAUUUUUUGUAUUAUUACUGAUGACUUUGAAGUUCUGUACUGAUGUUUUAGUAAAAUAAAAUGUUUA